AUCGAUUCCUUCCCCGCGCUUUGAGUGAUGCCAACACUGCACUCCGCGUCUAGACUCAACGGUGUCUGCUCUGAGAUAGAGUGGAGCUUGCGACUGCAUCACUAUAAAAUGCGGGUCUCGCGCAUCCUUUGCAGCCGUACUGCCCUCAUCUGCCAGAGUCGAUUUUUCGGUCACGCUCCAUCACAUAUAUCCACAACGAAGUCAUGUCGACACCUGCAGGAGAAAUGAAGGCAUUCCGUGCCAUGCCUGGCAAACAGAUGUCCCUGGAAACAGUACCCAUUCCGUCUUUGGGCCCAUUCGAUGUUCUUAUGAAAGUCAAAGCAGUGGGGUUGGCCCCAGGCGUGUUCAGCCUGCUGCGUGCCGGGAUGCUGCAACAUCUACCCUCAACUCUGGGCCACGAGAUGGCCGGCGUGGUGGAAGCCGUAGGGUCUCACGUCAAGAAUCUGGCCGUGGGGACGCGGGUAAGGAUCCACAGCAACGUCAGCUGCGGGACCUGCAAAUACUGUGCAGCGGGCGAGGACCAGAUGUGCCCGGAGGCGGGCAUCAUGGGAUUCCAGUACUUCGGCAAGGACGGUCGGUCUGACAGAUGGAACGAGUAUCGCGAUGGCGGCUUGGCCGAGUACGUCCGCGCACCCGUGCACCAAGUCCAGCCCCUGCCGGACAAUGUCAACUUCCACGUCGGUGCUCGCGUGCACGAGAUAGCGACCGCGUACAGGACUAUCCGACUGGCAAACCUGCCACCAGCGGCUACAGUGAUCGUUAUCGCGCCCACCGGAGCUGUGGGAGCUUGCGUCGUCAAGCUGGCUCCCCUUUUCGGUAUCAAGCACCUGAUUUUGGUCGGUCGCUCCAGCGAGCGGCUGAAGAAGGUGCAAGCUCUUGCAAAGGUCAAGUGUGACUUUGUCGCAUUUGAUCAGCUGCAGGAAGGAUGGAGAGAAAGCUUUGGACUGGGCAGAGCACUCGGGCAAAUGCAACCGGAAGGGGCCGACGCUAUCAUCGACCUGCUAGGGAGCGGCGCCGAUGGCUUCCAGGCCUUCAAGGCACUGGCGGUGGGAGGGUCCUAUGUGCACCUCGGAGGCAACACGACUCCGCUCCCCAUGCCGGCCGUGGCAUGGAUGGUAAACUGCUGGACCAUGAAGGGCACUCGGAAUCACAGUCGAGCGGAAUCUGAGCUCGUCUUGAAGCUCCUGCGCGAUGAUGUGAUCAACAUGGAUGAACUUGUUACAGACCGCUGGUCGCUAGAUCAGAUUGAGGAGGCCGUGCAGCGAGUUCAGGACAGAUCUCUGGGAAGCUGGUUCGCUGUUGUAGAUGUCUAGUCAAACAGUUCAAUUUCCAUUCUGUCGCAGCAGAUAUCAUGCCUAUUUACCAGCCAAUUCAGGGGUACUAAUGUAUGUACAUUUUGCCUCUAUUUUGGCUGCAACACAUUCAUAUUGUUGCAACAUCAGCUGUCGACUAAGCCAAUGUAAUGCUGUUGUUUGGGCGAGCG